AUGUCGACAUUCCGAUUCCUCCUCGCAACUCUCCUCCUCUCCUCAACUGUCUUUGGUCACAUGGAGAUGAUCUACCCAAUGCCUCUCCGAUACAAAAACAACCCUUUUGCAACCACCAUCGACUACUCCAUGACUAGCCCUCUUACCGUCGGUGGUACAAAUGCAGCGUUCCCGUGCAAAGGUUAUCAGAGCGAUAUGGGAACCGCCGCAGGUACAUCUACUGCAACUUGGACUCAAGGAAGCAGUGUCAACUUCACACUCGAUGGCUCCGCUGUUCAUGGAGGUGGAUCCUGCCAAGCUGCCCUCAGCACUGACGUUGGCAAGACUUGGUAUGUUAUUCAUACAUACCAAGGUGGCUGCCCUCUCGCUGCAGGUAGCUUCAAGCUUGAUAUUCCUUCAGAUGCCCCAACUGGCUCUGCGCUCUUCGCCUGGCUUUGGUAUAACAACGUUGGCAACCGCGAAAUUUACAUGAACUGCGCAUCAAUUACUAUUGCCAGCGGCACCGGCGCUGCCCCUGCGACCGCUUUCAAAGACCGACCAGACCUGUUCGUCGCGAACCUUGACAACGGCUGCACAACAGUCGAGACAACAGAUGUGAUUAUUCCAAACCCAGGUCCAGACGUCACGACAGGCGGUACAAAGGAAGGGGCCGUUAGCGGCACAUGCACCCCAGUCAACGGCAUUGGAGGUCGAACAGGAUCCGCGAGUUCAGGAGGUUCGACCUCAGUUGCUCCUGAUGCCUCAUCCGGCUCGACUGCCCCCACCGCGUCCUCAGCCCCCCCAGCCUCAUCCAUCUCCCCAACCGUCGAUGGACAGUGCUCAGGCUCCCAGACCUGCGCUGGCCAGUCAAUCUACGGACCCUGUUGCUCGCAGUGGGGCUACUGUGGUAACACUAACGCACAUUGCGGUGCUGGCUGCAUGGCUGGCUUUGGAACCUGUGGCGUGAAUGGUACCGCAUCGAGCGCCCGCCGAGCCCGCCAUGUUCGUCAAUUCGUAGCUUAA